AUGACCUUUUUCUUAUUAAUCUUCUGUGUGUCCCUCUCCACACUGGUUGCAUAUGAGGCCCCUGAGGAUAAAGAGGAUGUCUUUGCCAGCCGUGUUUGUCCUGCCUUCCUCGUCUUUGACAAUGCUGCCUACCUGUCAGACAUGACUAUUGAGUUGCCCUGUCACUGCAAACCUGAGGAGGCUCACUCUGUUGUAUGGUACUACCAGAAACAACUGGGCUCCACAGACAUCCGUGCCCUGACAGAUUUUCAGGGCACAUCUGUGGUCGAUUCAUCCCAUGUGGGACGUGGUUCGGAGCUGCGGAGCCGGUUUUCCAUCCGUCUUUUCAGCCUGCUCAUCUUUCGGGCACAGGAAUCCGACUCGGGCCACUACCUCUGUGGCACGGUUUCCGGUGAGUUCUUCUACGGCUAUGAUGUGGAUGUCCAGAAGGCAAAGAAAGUCUCCUUUCUAUGGAGCAAGACGCAACGGGUGGCUGCAGUCAAAUCUGGGGACAACUUACUCUUCCAAGUCUUCACCAGUUUCUGGUCAUGGUCGGUGUGCGACCGCUGUGACGUUCCCGGGGAGCAGACACGUGUGGGUCUCUGCUAUGUCAAGAGUGACUACCUGGAGGUACGCUACCGCCGUGAAACGCACAAGGUCACAUCUUGUGGGUCCUCAGCAGUGCCCAAAGGUCUGGGGCUGGAAAAAGACAAAUAUGGAGCUGAGCUGGGGGUGAAGAACUGCAAUGUCCCAUGCCCGCCAAAAACAGAACUCUCCUCUCCUGAACACCAAGCGCUGCUCGAGUUCCUCGGCUACAGUGAGCAAAAACCAUCAGUCACUGUUCCUGUUUACUACCACAACCACCAAGCAGACACCCUGCUCAUCCUGUCCUGUCCUGGGGCCAGGCCGGAACAUGCAGUGGCCUGGGACAGAGGCUCCAUGCCUCUCUAUCGCUCUCAGUACAUGGAAGGCCUGAACCAGAGCGCACGCAUCUUCAUCGACACAGGCCACCAUCUGCACUUUCAGCCUGUGCAACUGGAAGAUAAGGGCUCCUACUUCUGCUGGCUGCAGGGAAAGUAUGCUGCUGAGAUUAGGCUGGGAGUGUACCUGCGCCUGGGUCAAAGGCGUCUCUUGUCAGACCCAGAGUCCAUGUAUGCUCUCAAGGUUAUCCUCAUAUGCUACAUGGUGCUCACGGCAGUGUUUCUCCUCAUAGUUUUUGGGCAGUGUUUCUGGAGGACACUGAAAGCCAAAAGGCUGACUUUAGUCUAAUUUUGGUUGGGCUUUUUGUCUGAGCAAGCUAAACACAGAUUGUUUUCCUUUUUUAUUUCUUUGUUGAUGAGGCUGGGAGGUUGUGGUGCUUUUGUUGUACACUUCAUUUAUUUAAUAAUCAACUCAAUAAAUGUAUUUAGCAACCUA